AUGGCUUGGGUUCAGGGCAUUAGUGUCGAGAGGAUUUUGGGGGGGGGAGGGGGGGGAGGGGGGGGAGGGGGGAGAGGGGGGCGGGGGCGAAGCUGCGCGUGCGACUAUAGGGCACGCGAGCAGGAGGAACCCCUUCUUGCCACCCCCUCACCCACCAUGUUGCAACAGGGCACCGGGGCCGCGGUUAGGGGCGGCAGGUCGCGAGGGGACAUGGCUAGGGGCGACGGGGCCAUGGCUAGGGACGGGGCCGGGCGCUGGGAAGGUACGGGGCCGGGUGCUGGGCUAGGGACGGGGCCGGGUGCUGGGCAGGUACGGGGCCGGGCGUUGGGCAGGUACGGGGCCGGGCGCUGGGCAGGUACGGGGCCGGGCGCUAGGCAGGUACGGGGCCGGGCACUGGGCAGGAACGGGCCGGGCACUGGGCAGGAACGGGGCCGGGCGCUGGGCAGGUAUGGGGCCGGGCGCUGGGCAGGUACGGGGCCGGGCGCUGGGCAGGUACGGGGCCGGGCGCCGGGCAGGUACGGGGCCGGGCGCUGGGCAGGUACGGGGCCGGGCGCUGGGCAGGUACGGGGCCGGGCGCUGGGCAGGUAUGGGGCCGGGCGCCGGGCAGGUACGGGGCCGGGCGCUGGGCAGGUACGGGGACGGGCGCUGGGCAGGUACGGGGCUGGGCGCUGGGCAGGUACGGGGCCGGGCUCUGGGCAGGUACGGGGCCGGGCGCUGGACAGGUACGGGGCCGGGCGCUGGGCAGGUUCGGGUCCGGGCGCUGGGCAGGUACAGGGCCGGGCGCUGGGCAGGUACAGGGCCGGGCGCUGGGCAGGUACGGGGCCGGGCUCUGGCCAGGUACGGGGCCGGGCGCUGGGCAGGUACGGGGCCGGGCGCUGGGCAGGUACGGGGCCGGGCGCUGGGCAGGUACGGGGCCGGGCUUUGGGCAGGUACGGGGCCGGGCGCUGGGCAGGUACGGGGCCGGGUGCUGGGCAGGUACGGGGCCGGGUGCUGGGCAGGUAUGGGGCCGGGCGCUGGGCAGGUACGGGGCCGGGCGCUGGGCAGGUACGGGGCCGGGCUCUGGGCAGGUACGGGGCCGGGCGCUGGGCAGGAACAGGGCCGGGCGCUGGGCAGGUACAGGGCCGGGCGCUGGGCAGGUACGGGGCCGGGCGCUGGGCAGGUUCAGGGCCGAGCGCUGGGCAGGUACGGGGCCGAGCGCCGGGCAGGUACGGGGCCGGGCUCUGGGCAGGUACGGGGCCGGGCGCUGGGCAGGUACGGGGCCGGGCGCUUGGCAGGUACGGGGCCGGGCUCUGGGCAGGUACGGGGCCGGGCGCUGGUCAGGUACGGGGCUGGGCGCUGGGCAGGUAUGGGGCCGGGCGGUGGGCAGGAACGGGGCCGGGCGCUGGGCAGUUACGGGGCCGGGCGCUGGGCAGGUUCGGGGCCGGGCGCUGGGCAGGUACGGGGCCGGGCGCUGGGAAGGUACGGGGCCAGGCUCUGGGCAGGUACGGGGCCGGGCGCUGGGCAGGUACGGGGCCGGGCGCUGGGCAGGUACGGGGCCGGGCGCUGGGCAAGUACGAGGCCGGGCGCUGGGCAGGUACGGGGCCGGGCGCUGGGCAGGUACGGGGCCGGGCUCUGGGCAGGUACGGGGCCGGGCGCUGGGCAGGUACGGGGCCGGGCGCUGGGCAGGUACGGGGCCGGGCGCUGGGCAGGUACGGGGCCGGGCGCUGGGCAGGUACGGGGCCGGGCGCUGGGCAGGUACGGGGCCGGGCUCUGGGCAGGUACGGGGCCGGGCGCUGGGCAGGUACGGGGCCGGGCGCUGGGCAGGUACGGGGCCGGGCUCUGGGCAGGUACGGGGCCGGGCGCUGGGCAGGUACGGGGCCGGGCGCUGGGCAGGUACGGGGCCGGGCGCUGGGCAGGUACGGGGCCGGGCGCUGGGCAGGUACGGGGCCGGGCGCUGGGCAGGUACGGGGCCGGGCUCUGGGCAGGUACGGGGCCGGGCGCUGGGCAGGUACGGGGCCGGGCGCUGGGAAGGUACGGGGCCGGGCGCUGGGCAGGUACGGGGCCGGGCGCUGGGCAGGUACGGGGCCGGGUGCUGGGCAGGUACGGGGCCGGGCGCUGGGCAGGUACGGGGCCGGGCGCUGGGCAGGUAAGGGGCCGGGCUCUGGGCAGGUACGGGGCCGGGCGCUGGGCAGGUACAGGGCCGGGCGCUGGGCAGGUACAGGGCCGGGCGCUGGGCAGGUACGGGGUCGGGCGCUGGGCAGGUUCAGGGCCGAGCGCUGGGCAGGUACGGGGCCGGGCGCCGGGCAGGUACGGGGCCGGGCGCUGGGCAGGUAUGAGGCCGGGCGCUGGGCAGGUACGGGGCCGGGCGCUGGGCAGGUACGGGGCCGGGCUCUGGGCAGGUACGGGGCCGGGCGCUGGUCAGGUACGGGGCUGGGCGCUGCGCAGGUAUGGGGCCGGGCGGUGGGCAGGAACGGGGCCGGGCGCUGGGAAGGUACGGGGCCGGGCGCUGGGCAGGUUCGGGGCCGGGCGCUGGGCAGGUACGGGGCCGGGCGCUGGGAAGGUACCGGGCCGGGCUCUGGGCAGGUACGGGGCCGAGCGCUGGGCAGGUACGGGGCCGGGCGCUGGGCAGGUACGGGGCCGGGCGCUGGGCAGGUACGGGGCCGGGCGCUGGGCAAGUACGGGGCCGGGCUCUGGGCAGGUACGGGGCCGGGCGCUGGGCAGGUACGGGGCCGGGCGCUGGGCAGGUACGGGGCCGGGCUCUGGGCAGGUACGGGGCCGGGCGCUGGGCAGGUACGGGGCCGGGCUCUGGGCAGGUACGGGGCCGGGCGCUGGGCAGGUACAGGGCCGGGCUCUGGGCAGGUACGGGGCCGGGCGCUGGGAAGGUACGGGGCCGGGCGCUGGGCAGGUACGGGGCCGGGCGGUGGGCAGGAACGGGGCCGGGCGCUGGGAAGGUACGGGGCCGGGCGCUGGGCAGGUACGGGGCCGGGCACUGGGAAGGUACGGGGCCGGGAUCUGGGCAGGUACAGGGCCGGGCGCUGGGCAAGUACGGGGCCGGGCUCUGGGCAGGUACGGGGCCGGGCGCUGGGCAGGUACGGGGCCGGGCGCUGGGCAGGUACGGGGCCGGGCUCUGGGCAGGUACGGGGCCGGGCGCUGGGCAGGUACGGGGCCGGGCUCUGGGCAGGUACGGGGCCGGGCGCUGGGCAGGUACAGGGCCGGGCUCUGGGCAGGUACGGGGCCGGGCGCUGGGAAGGUACGGGGCCGGGCGCUGGGCAGGUACGGGGCCGGGCGGUGGGCAGGAACGGGGCCGGGCGCUGGGAAGGUACGGGGCCGGGCGCUGGGCAGGUACUGGGCCGGGCACUGGGAAGGUACGGGGCCGGGCGCUGGGCAGGUACGGGGCCGGGCGCUGGGCAGGUACGGGGCCGGGCGCUGGGCAGGUACGGGGCCGGGCGCUGGGCAGGUUCGGGUCCGGGCGCUGGGCAGGUACAGGGCCGGGCGCUGGGCAGGUACAGGGCCGGGCGCUGGGCAAGUACGGGGCCGGGCUCUGGGCAGGUACGGGGCCGGGCGCUGGGCAGGUACGGGACCGGGCGCUGGGCAGGUACGGGGCCGGGCGCUGGGCAGGUUCGGGGCCGGGCGCUGGGCAGGUUCGGGGCCGGGCGCCGGGCAGGUACGGGGCCGGGCGCUGGGCAGGUACGGGGCCGGGCUCUGGGCAGGUACGGGGCCGGGCGCUGGGCAGGUACGGGGCCGGGCGCUGGGAAGGUACGGGGCCGAGCGCUGGGCAGGUUCGGGGCCGGGCGCUGGGCAGGUACAGGGCCGGGCUCUGGGCAGGUACGGGGCCGGGCGCUGGGCAGGUACGGGGCCGGGCGCUGGGCAGGUACGGGGCCGGGCGCUGGGCAGGUACGGGGCCGGGCUCUGGGCAGGUACGGGGCCGGGCGCUGGGCAGGCACAGGGCCGGGCGCUGGGCAGGUACAGGGGCGGGCGCUGGGAAGGUACGGGGCCGGGCGCUGGGCAGGUACGGGGCCGGGCGCUGGGCAGGUACGGGGCCGGGCGCCGGGCAGGUACGGGGCCGGGCGCUGGGCAGGUACGGGGCCGGGCGCUGGGCAGGUACGGGGCCGGGCGCUGGGCAGGUACGGGGCCGGGCUCUGGGCAGGGACGGGGCCGGGCGCUGGGCAGGUACAGGGCCGGGCUCUGGGCAGGUACGGGGCCGGGCGCUGGGAAGGUACGGGGCCGGGCGCUGGGCAGGUACGGGGCCGGGCGGUGGGCAGGAACGGGGCCGGGCGCUGGGAAGGUACGGGGCCGGGCGCUGGGCAGGUACGGGGCCGGGCGCUGGGAAUGUACGGGGCCGGGCGCUGGGCAGGUACGGGGCCGGGCGCUGGGCAGGUACGGGGCCGGGCGCUGGGCAGGUACGGGGCCGGGCGCUGGGCAGGUACAGGGCCGGGCGCUGGGCAGGUACAGGGCCGGGCGCUGGGCAAGUACGGGGCCGGGCUCUGGGCAGGUACGGGGCCGGGCGCUGGGCAGGUACGGGGCCGGGCGCUGGGCAGGUACGGGGCCGGGCGCUGGGCAGGUACGGGGCCGGGCGCUGGGCAGGUACGGGGCCGGGCGCUGGGCAGGUACGGGGCCGGGCUCUGGGCAGGUACGGGGCCGGGCGCUGGGCAGGUACGGGGCCGGGCGCUGGGCAGGUACGGGGACGGGCGCUGGGCAGGUACGGGGCCGGGCGCUGGGCAGGUACGGGGCCGGGCGCUGGGCAGGUACGGGGCCGGGCUCUGGGCAGGUACGGGGCCGGGCGCUGGGCAGGUACAGGGCCGGGCGCUGGGCAGGUACAGGGCCGGGCGCUGGGCAGGUACGGGGCCGGGUGCUGGGCAGGUUCAGGGCCGAGCGCUGGGCAAGUACGGGGCCGGGCGCUGGGCAGGUACGGGGCCGGGCGCGGGCUAG